CUCCCAGGGGGGUGUGGCUGCAGCUCAGAGGUCGGAGGUCGUCCUGAGCUGUGACAUCACUCGGUGGACAGGAAGUGGUCAUCAUGGUGGGCGUGGUAGCGUGCGGCUCGGUGAGCUCCAUAAAGGCUCUGUGGGAGACGAGGAUCCGGAGGGUCCAGGAGGAGCAGCAGGAGGAGCAGCGGAGGAGGACGGCCGGGGGCGGGGCCACCGGCAGACUCAGUGUGUGUCUCUGGGAGGACAGGGCGGCUCUGUCUCGUCUCAAACAGAAGCUGCAGACAGAAGAUGGACGCCUCGUCCUCCGAAUCGAACAGGAGGACUGGAAGUCGCUGCCGGGCUGCCUGCUGCAGCUCACUCAGGUCCAGGAGUGGCAGAUCCACCGGACCGGACUACAGAAGAUCCCUCACUUCAUCUCCAGCUUCCAGAACCUUUUGGUUCUCGAUCUGUCACGGAACGGGGUCACAGAGAUCCCCCAACAGAUCGGUCAGCUGACUCGGCUCAGGGAGCUGAUGCUGAGCUACAACAGAGUCCAGGAGGUUCCUGAGGCGCUGAGCGGUUGCGAGAGUCUGGAGCGACUGGAGCUGGCCAUGAACCGGGACCUGAACUGGCUCCCAGACCAGCUGAGGAACCUGAAGAAGCUGCAGCACCUGGACCUGUCCAUGAACGACUUCAGCUGCCUGCCGGACUGCGUGGUUGCGCUGCCGGCACUUGAGUGGCUCGAUAUGGGAGGGAACCGACUGCAGCACCUGCCAGACGACAUACACAGGUGGGUCUGUUUAUUCAACUUAUAGACCUGAGCCAGCCCUGACUGUAAGAGCCAGC